GACUUCACCUGAGUAAGGAGGGAAAGAGACUUCUAGGAUGGAGGCUCGCCCAACUGAUUAAGAGAGCUUUAAACUAGGAAUUUGGGGGAGAUGGCUGGGAGCUGUCCAGGUAAUCUCCACGCCGGAAUUUAACAUUGAGAGGGAAGAAAACAAAGUAAGAGAGGAUACAGCCGUGGGCAGAAGAAUUGACAUAAGGAGGAAGGGUAGUGUAGAUACCAGUCUAAUAGGUGAUGCUGGUGGUAGAAUGUCUGUGCCUAACCGGGAAAAGAAUGUCAGUGAAGCCAAAGGGCAAAAAUUAAGAUGUCUGUACAUUAAUGUGAGAAGCCUAAGUAACAGAAUGGAGGAACUAGAGCUACUGGUGCAGGAAGUGAAACCAGAUAUUAUAGGGAUAACAGAAACAUGGUGGAAUAGUAGUCAUGACUGGAGUACAGGUAUUGAAGGCUAUGUGCUGUUUAGGAAAGACAGAAAUAAAGGCAAAGGUGGUGGAGUAGCAUUGUACAUCAAUGAGAAGGUUAACUGUAAAGAAAUAAGAAGUGAUGGAAUGGACAAGACAGUCUGGGCAAAAAUCACACUGGGAAAGAAAGCUACUAGAGCCUCCCCUGAGAUAGUGCUUGGGGUGUGCUACAGACCGCUGGGAUCUGAUUUGGAUAUGGAUAGAGACCUCUUUAAUGUUUUUAAGGAAGUAAACACUAAUGGGAAAUGUGUGAUCAUGGGAGACUUUAACUUCCCAGAUAUAGACUGGAGUACAAUUGCUAGCAAGAAUAGUAGGGAUCAGAUUUUUCUGGAUGUGAUAGCUGAUGGAUUCCUUCACCAAGUAGUUGAAGAACCGACAAGAGGGGAUGCCAUUUUAGAUUUGGUUUUGGUGAGCAGUGAGGAACUCAUAGAAGAAAUGGUUGUAGGGGACAACCUUGGUUCGAGUGAUCAUGAGAUAAUUCAGUUCAAACUAGAUGGAAGGAUAAACAAAAAUAGAUCUGGGACUAGGGUUUUUGACUUCAAAAGGGCUAACUUUAAAGAAUUAAGGAAAUUAGUUAGGGAAGUGGAUUGGACUGAAGAACUUGUGGAUCUAAAUGCAGAAGAGGCCUGGAAUUACUUUAAGUCGCAGCUGCAGAAACUAUCGGAAGCCUGCAUCCCAAGAAAGGGGAAAAAAAAACAUAGGCAGGAGUUGCAGAACAAGCUGGAUGAGCAAGCAUCUCAGAGAGGUGAUUAAGAAAAAGCAGAAAGCCUACAAGGAGUGGAAGAAGGGUGGGAUUAGCAAGGAAAGCUAUUUUAGCGAGGUCAGAACAUGUAGGGAUAAAGUGAG